AUGCGUGAACGGGAUAUCCCUUACACAGCAGUGAGCGCCCCCAGUGGUAUGCUCUGGGAGUGGCUAGUGAGGCCACAAGGACCAAGUAACGCUUCCGCAACGUUUAACAGCUGUGUUACAAAUCUGUUGCGAUCGUUGCGCGAAUUCGCACCGAUUUAUCUCGAGGAUGUCUUCGUCCAUAGCCGGGCUAUGGAUGGAAAUACGAACGUGGGGAUCCAUCGAAUCCACGCCCGAAUUUUUUACAUUCUAAUGCGCCAGCUUAAGUUGUUCGCGAACCUCAAGAAGUGUACAUUCGCAACGUACGAAAUGCCACUUCUUGGCUGCAUCGUGGGUAAAAACGGUGUACGCCCUGAUACGGAAAAGAUCAAGGCGACUAGCGACUGGCCUGUGCCAGUCGACGUCAAGGGACUUCGAAAGUUCCUUGGCUUGGCAGCGUAUUUGCACAAAUACUCGCGCAACUAUGCUGAGAUGACUGUUCAUCUCUCUCGUCUGCUACAUAAAAACGAGAGGUGGUCAUCGAACGCUAAGUGUCACGGAGGCGAAGCGAAAGUCGCAAGCAUGUUGUCGCUAGCACGGCUCAGCUGUAUCUACGGUGGUUAA